AUGCCCGUCGGCCCUUAGCUCCGCGCUCGGAACCCGCCGCUCUCGCGACUCAGCCGGACUCGUGGACCUUUUCUCUCCUGGACCUGUUUCCGGGCGGUCCGCGCGGUUGGAACGUGUUAGGGCCGAGGUUCCCAGUACUUGAAAGAGGACGGGCGUGAGCAACCAUGGCCGGGCAGUGCUUCCCGGUAGCCCGGCUCGAGGGCGUUUCGCAGGAGCAGUUCAUGGAGCACCUCUACCCGCAGAGAAAACCUCUAGUGUUGGAAGGAAUUGAUUUGGGGACAUGUACAAGCAAAUGGACUGUGGAUUACCUAAGCCAAAUUGGAGGGAGGAAAGAGGUGAAGAUUCAUGUUGCUGCAGUUGCCCAGAUGGACUUCAUUAGUAAGAACUUUGUAUAUAGAACUUUACCUUUUGGCAAGUUGGUUCAGAGGGCAGCUGAAGAAAAGCAUAAGGAAUUCUUUAUUUCAGAGGAUGAGAAGUACUACCUACGAUCACUUGGAGAAGACCCUAGAAAGGAUGUUGCAGAUAUCAGAAAGCAGUUUCCUUUAUUGGAAGGAGAUAUUAAGUUUCCAAAAUUCUUCAAAGAAGAGCAGUUCUUUUCCAGUGUUUUUCGAAUUAGCUCACCAGGGUUACAACUUUGGACCCACUAUGAUGUAAUGGAUAACUUCUUAAUACAAGUGACAGGAAAAAAGCGUGUUGUACUAUUCAGUCCUCGAGAUGCCCAAUAUUUAUAUUUAUCAGGUACUAAAUCAGAAGUACUGAAUGUAGAUAACCCAGACUUAGCUAAAUAUCCACUGUUUUCCAAGGCUAGACGGUAUGAAUGUUCCCUUAAAGCUGGAGAUGUAUUAUUCAUUCCUGCUUUAUGGUUCCAUAAUGUAAUAUCUGAAGAGUUUGGAGUGGGAGUGAAUGUCUUUUGGAAGCAUCUUCCAUCUGAAUGCUAUGAUAAAACGGAUACCUAUGGAAACAAAGAUCCUACAGCAGCAUCAAGAGCUGCACAAAUUUUGGACAGAGCCUUAAAAACCCUGGCUGAAUUACCAGAGGAAUACAGGGACUUCUAUGCACGGCGAAUGGUCUUGCACAUUCAAGACAAAGCCUAUAGCAAAAACUUUGAAUAAAUAUUGAAGUGAAUGCAGUGAGCAUAAACUUUUAAAUACAGUUCAACUCAAAUAUUGGAAAAGUAUAACAAGAUGUAAAUUAUUUUUUUUAAGAUUUAUCCUUUGUUAAAAUAGGAAAGAUAAAUCAAUCUCAGAUUUACAGAUUAAAUAAGUAUGAAGGCAUGUUUGUGUGGUUUCUACUUAAUACAGAUUGUUAUGGUUGAAAAAGUGCUGCAGUGGGACAGCUCUUUAGCUUUCAGGUGCAAAUAACUAAAAAUCCAACUUAAAAUGACCUAAACAAUAAGAAAAUGUAUUGAAUCAUUAUACAUGAAGUCUACUGAUAGAAAGGGCUUCAGUAUUUCUAUUCCAGUGAUUCAGAAGUGUCACCAGGAACCUUUGGGUUUUUUUUUCUCCCGUUUUCAACUGCAGCAUUGGCAUCAUACUGGUGCUGGCUACCCUCGUGGUCAUGGGAUGGUUGCCAAUAGCAGUUGGGGCUGUGUGCAUGUUCAUUUAUAUGAAGUGGAGGAAUCAGGGAGGAUUCCAGGGGUCCUCUCUUAACAUGCAAAAGCUUUCCCAGAAUUUGCCGCCAGAUGCUUGGGUAUCAUUGAUCUAAAGUGGCUUAGACCUGUCCAUCCCUGAGCCAGUCACUGGUAAAGGAUAUGGAAUACCUUGGGUCAGUUGGGGCUACUGGAGCUGGAAGUAGAACCCACUGCCCCUGAGACACAUGAGGUAUAUAUAUGGGGGCAGAAUGGAUAAUUUUUAGAAUCAGAAUCCAGAUAAGGAAAAAACAUGGGCAACGAACAAUAAGUACGACGUUAAUCUUUUGAGCUUUUUAUGACAUAUAGAUGCCUAGGCCCCAUCUUUGUAGACUCUGAUUCAGUAUUUUUGGGGUUUGGCAUAGGUGUCUAUUUAAUAGAAUUCAUAGAUUGUUUUGAUGCAUAAUUAGGAUUGAGAACAACUGGA